GCGGCGGGAAGCUGGGGGAGGGGUGAGGAUGGAGGGAGUCUGGGCCGGGAAGCUGCGUCGGACCGACCCCACCAGCCUGGGCUGCGCUGUGCGGGAGUGUGGACCGCUGCGGUGGCUGCGCUUUACCCGCUGCCCCGCCCCCUGGGACCACCUCCCCUCCCCCCUGCUGUCCGGCGGCCGCGAUCGGCGCAGUGGCCGUUAAUUAGGCUUCCCGCGGUCGCUCUUCGGGCCUCUUUCUCCGGAGCCCCGGGAAGGCCGUCUCUGCGUUCUCAGCAGGCCGCAUCCCAGCACCGCCCAGCUGUACUGGACGAGAAGAGGCCGAUUGGGAUUUCGGGACUUUCCCGCCAGAGUAGUGUCUUCUCUCGAAGGAGAGCUGUUUUCGCUAGAAGCUCAGCUUUCACUCACACCUGCUUCACCUCUCGCGCAGACCUGAAUGGUAUCUCUCGGCUCUUUCUGUGUCUCAUAUAGUCAGUUUUCCAACUCUUAACUCUCAUAUCUCUCUGAGGUGUGAUAUCGCUAGUGCCACGACCGAAAAAACGACCGGACCCUCCCGCCCAGGUUAUGAGAAUCCCCUUACCUGCCACAGUGUGCUUACCCGGCUCAUCGCCUCUUGGACUUCGUAUAUUUGCUAAAGUCAGUGAUGUGAAAAGACCUGACAUGGAUGAUAUUGCUGAUAGGGUGAGGAUGGACGCUGGAGAAGUAACGUUAGUGAACCAUAACUCCAUCUUCAAAACCCACCUCCUGCCACAGCCAGGGUUUCCAGAGGACCAGCUUUCACUUCCUGACCAGCAGAUUUUACCUUCCAGGCCAGGAAAUUUGGAUCGCUCUUUUACAUGUUCCACAAGGAGUACAACUUAUAGUCCAAACUAUUAUUCAGACAACCCUUGCUCAGACAAUUUUCUUGGCUCAGGCGAUGUAAGGACUUUCGGCCAGAGUGCAAAUGGCCAGUGGAGAAAUUCCACUCCAGUACCAAGCUCAACUUUACAAAAAUCAAGAAACAGCCGAAGUCUUUACCUUGAAACCCGUAAGACCUCAAGUGGGUUAUCAAACACAUUUUCAGGAAAGUCAAAUCAUCACUGCCAUAUGUCUGCAUAUGAAAAAUCUUUUCCUAUUAAGCCUGUUGCAAGUCCGUCUUGGAGUGGUUCUUGUCGUCGAAGCCUUUUAAGUCCUAAGAAAACUCAGCGACGGCAUAUUAGUACGGCAGAAGAGACAGUUCAAGAAGAAGAGAGAGAAAUCUACAGACAGCUACUGCAGAUGGUCACAGGGAAACAGUUCUCUGUAGCUAAACCUACCACACACUUUCCUUUACACCUGUCUCGAUGUCUUAAUUCCAGUAAAGAUACUUUGAAAGACUCACUGUUUAAAAAUGGAAACUCUUGUACAUCUCAUAUCAUUGGCUCUGAUACUUCAUCAUCUGGAUCAGCCAGCAUUUUAACUACGCAGGAAUCCGUGUGUCAUAGUGGGUAUUCCCUGCCAUCAUGUGCUCUAGAUGUUGCAUUUGGAUCCAAGGAUCAUGAUCCUUGCCAUCAGCCCCGGCAUCAGUCAGAUAGUUUACCAGCAUCAAAUACACAAUCUGAAGGAUCAGACUCUGUGAUUUUACUCAAAGUGAAAGAGUCUCAGACUCCAACUCCCAGUCCUACUUUCUUCCAGGCAGAGCUGUGGAUCAAAGAAUUAACUAGUGUUUAUGAUUCUCGAGCACGGGAAAGAUUGCGCCAGAUCGAGGAACAGAAAGCAUUAGCAUUACAGCUUCAAAACCAGAGAUUGCAGGAACAAGAACAUUCAGUACAUGAUUCAGUAGAACUGCAUCUUCGUGUACCUCUUGAAAAGGAGAUCCCUGUCACAAUUGCCCAAGAAACAGAAAAGAAAAGUCAUAAAUUUACUGAUAGUGAAGAUGAAUUUCCUGAAAUUACAGAGGAGAUGGAGAAAGAAAUAAAGAAUGUGUUUCGUAAUGGAAAUCAAGAUGAAGUUCUCAGUGAAGCAUUCCGCUUGACCAUUACCCGCAAAGAUAUGCAAACUCUAAACCAUCUGAAUUGGCUCAAUGAUGAGAUCAUCAAUUUCUACAUGAAUAUGCUAAUGGAGAGAAGUAAAGAAAAAGGAUUACCAAGUGUGCAUGCAUUUAAUACUUUCUUCUUCACUAAGUUAAAAACAGCUGGUUACCAAGCAGUGAAGCGUUGGACAAAGAAAGUGGAUGUAUUUUCUGUUGACAUUCUUUUGGUACCCAUCCACUUAGGAGUGCACUGGUGUCUAGCUGUGGUAGACUUUAGAAAGAAGAACAUUACCUAUUAUGAUUCUAUGGGCGGGAUAAACAGUGAAGCCUGCAGGAUCCUCUUGCAAUACUUGAAGCAAGAAAGCAUUGACAAGAAAAGGAAAGAGUUUGACACCAAUGGUUGGCAGCUCUUCAGCAAGAAAAGCCAGGAAAUUCCACAACAGAUGAAUGGAAGUGACUGUGGGAUGUUUGCCUGUAAAUAUGCUGACUGUAUUACCAAAGACAGACCAAUCAACUUCACACAGCAACACAUGCCAUACUUCCGGAAGCGAAUGGUCUGGGAGAUCCUCCACCGAAAGCUCUUGUGAGGACUGUCUCAACAAGCAGACACUGACCCUGUGGGGGACCAGCCCUUUGUUGUCUACAGCCAGAGACCUUGAAAACAGCUGCUCUCAACCCUCUGUUCUUGUGUAGCCCUUGAUCCUGGACCAGGCCCUGGCAAGAUGCAUUCACAAGCACAUCUGCCUUUCCUUUUGUAUCUCAGAUACUAUUUUUGCAAAGAAACUUUGGUGCUGUGAAAGGGGUGAGGGGCAUCCCUAAGCUGAAGAGAGACUGCUUUUCACUUCAGUUCUGCCAUCUUGUUUUUAAAGGGCUCCAGCCUCACUCAGUCCCUAAUUGGGAAACUGAGAAAAGCUUGGAAAGAAUCUUGGUUUCUUAUAAAUUGUUGUUGCUAGGCCUUAUUAAGAAGUAGAAAAGGGCAUGGUCAAGAGGUAGGGAUCAAAACCACCAGCAUAUACAUGAACACAUGCAUACAUGAUUUUUGAGAUGGGUAGUCAGGAAAGUGACUAUAAAGUGGACUUUGAGGCACAUGCAUAAGUCCCUGCCUUGAGGACCCUUCCUAUUUAUAUGCCCCAUAUGUGAAACCUAACUGCUUCUCUACAAGACUGUAUAAUCUGUUCCAUUACAUCCUGAGGCACAACACAUGAGCCCCAGACAGACUCCAAAGUCCCAGGCAAUUCUUAAGAGCAGAGGUUUGCAUGUGCUAACCGCACUUGCUACAGGGAAGACCCACCCAGGGAAGGUUCAGUGGAGCAGCAAAAGGUUGCCUGCUUCUGAACCAAGAAGAAGAAGGACUUCAGUCUUUAGCAUAAAAUUCCAGUGUUGGAUGAAUCCAGGUCCGGUUGGUCUGUGGCUAGUUUAAAUGUUUCUAACCACAGAAUGAAUGAAUAUAUAUAUAUAUAAAUAUAUUCAUCACAGGGAUAUGAUUUUUUUAAAAAGACUGAAUGUGUUCACCAUUUAGCCUGUAGAUUUAUUUUCAUUUUCCAGAUUCUAGCACACAGAGCUCCCAGCCCUUAUGUGUAGGGUGUUUGUGGACUUUUAACAGAAUAUUUUGAGGCCUGGAUCAACUUUGGCUUAGGGGUAGAUGUUACUGAUGGGAUAAGAUUUUCAAGUGAAAAACGGGUGGAGUUUGAACUGAUCAACUUGAGAUUUAAAAAUUGCUAUUCCUUUUGUUCUUUCUAGCGUCUCCCCUACCCUUUGAGAGCUCCUACGGCUUAGAUAGUUGAAGUGAUCCAAUGCCAGUGUCAUUUUGUACUAAAGUUCCAAAUAGGAACAUUUUAUACUUUUUUCUGUAUUGUAAUAGGUAGUUUUGUAUAAAAUAUUUUCUGUCCUACCCUCGUACCCAUCCUUUCCAGCAUUGUGCUUUCUCCCUGGGCUUAUUUGAAAAUUUUACUCUGUUUUAUAACAAGCUUGUUUAGUACAUUUUUCUAUGUUUUACCACAAGUUACAAUUUGAAAAAGAAAACUAUUUUUUUUAAAUAUUCCAUUGUUAACUGAAUGUUACUGUUUCCACUCCAGCAACCAGUAGUCCUACCUUUUUCAUAAUUGCCUGCCCUUUGGGGGAAGAUGACCUUCGUGUGUUCGCUUUCUUCCCUUCCUUCCCUUCCCCUCUUCCUCUCACCUUUCUCUCUCACUCUUGCUCUCGGACUCUUGCUCUUGUUCUGUCUCACUGUCUCUCUCUCUUGCUCUUCCCCUCCUCCUUCCCUUCUCCUUCUCCUAUAGGAAAUAAAUAGCUUUCUAUAUAUGAGUUGCUGUGACUUUUCACAUUCUCUUUUAGAAAGCUAUGGCAUGUAGACUUACUGUAGGACUCCUGGAAUAUUGUCUGAUUCUUGGGACUUACUGCAUUUAAAUGACAACUUAAAAGGUGGCAAUAUGGUACAGAUUUGGACUAUGAAUCAAAAGACUUGAAUUUUCCAGGCUCUCUUACUGUUGUCUGGGGGCUUAUAACAAGAUAGUUCUCUGUAUUUAUUUAUUGUUUGUUCAUUUAGGUAACAUGUCUUACCAUCCUCAGAAGCUUUUUGUACAGACCAAAGCAACAAAUAUUUAUUGCCAUGUGUAACAGAAAAUGAAGCAUACAACAAAAACACUUUGCAAAAUAUAUAAGGAAUUGUUGAGCCUA